AUGAUUACAAGAAACUCUAUAAUUUUGAGAAGACUAUAUCCUACAGCCAUUAUAAGGACACUAGCUACAGAUGCCACCGAAUCUACUGUGGUAAAGACGAAAAGAAGAAGAACAAUUUUCACCGAUGAAUUGAAUAAAGGACCAUCAUUUGAUGAUUUCGUCAGUGGGAAAGCCAAAGACAUGUUGGAGGAUCCAUUGGAAACAGCAAGAAAGGAUCCAAAUGCCAAGUUGCCUAGUUGGUUAAAAGUUCCUAUUCCAAAAGGGAAAUCAUUUCAUAAUGUGAAGAAAGAUGUACGUGAAUUAAAAUUAGCCACUGUGUGUGAAGAAGCUAAGUGUCCCAACAUUGGGGAAUGUUGGGGUGGUAAGAAAUCUGAAGCUACUGCCACAAUUAUGCUUUUGGGUGAUACGUGUACUAGAGGAUGUCGAUUCUGUUCGGUAAAGACUAACCGUAAACCGGCUGCCCCAGAUCCAAUGGAACCAGAAAACACUGCUGAAGCCAUUAGUAGAUGGGGGUUAGGAUAUGUUGUUUUAACAACAGUUGAUAGAGAUGAUUUAGUUGAUGGUGGGGCUAGACAUUUGGCAGAAACCGUGCAAAAGAUAAAGCAAAAGGCUCCACAGAUUCUCGUUGAAGUAUUGGGAGGUGAUUUCCGAGGUGAUUUAUCCAUGGUUGAAAUAUUGGCUAAUUCAGGCUUAGAUGUGUAUGCUCAUAAUUUGGAAACUGUGGAAGCUUUGACUCCUCAUAUUAGAGACCGUCGUGCUACUUACCGUCAAUCAUUGGCUGUUUUGGAAAGGGCCAAACAAACAAACUCAUCUUUGAUAACCAAAACUUCGCUAAUGCUUGGAUUUGGUGAAACAGAUGACCAAGUGAAGCAAACAUUAAGAGAUUUACGUGAAAUUGGAUGUGACGUGGUAACUUUUGGUCAAUAUAUGAGACCAACAAAAAGACAUAUGAAGGUUGUUGAGUACAUUAAACCAGAAAAAUUUGAUUAUUGGCGUGACACUGCGUUGGAUAUGGGAUUCCUUUAUGUUGCAAGUGGGCCAUUAGUCAGAUCAUCGUAUAAAGCAGGUGAGGCUUUUAUAGAAAAUGUGUUGAAAAAGAGAAAACACAACGUUGGCGAAACACCAAGGUUGGCACAAGAAAUCAAGCCAAGCAUAUACUAA